UACACGUGGGUUCUUCUCUUUGACAUUGAAAGUUUGAAACCUACCUAGUUUUUCAGUCCAUUGUAAUGGUGAAUCCAAAAAGAAGAGACUAGUAAGAGAGCAAAAGGUUGGAGCCUUGAUGGGGAGCUUAUUGAAGGAGAUAAGGAACGGUGGGCACUCAGUGGCUGAUACUGAAAGCAAGGCUGGGUUUGGUGGAGGUGUUGAGGACGUGUAUGGUGAGGAUUGUGCCACGGAGGAUCAGGUCCUCACACCAUGGACUGCCUCCGUUGCAAGUGGAUAUACUUUGCUGCGCGAUCCACGCUACAACAAAGGACUUGCCUUCACAGAGAAGGAGAGAGACGCUCAUUACUUGCGCGGCCUUCUGCCUCCAGCCAUCCUGACUCAGGAGCUUCAGGAAAAGAAGUUGAUACAGAAUCUUCGCCAGUAUGAAGUUCCAUUGCAUAGGUACAUUGCCAUGAUGGAUCUUCAGGAGAGAAAUGAAGGGCUGUUUUAUAAGCUUUUGAUUGAUAAUGUUGAGGAACUGCUUCCUGUUGUGUACACCCCAACAGUUGGUGAGGCUUGCCAAAAAUAUGGGAGCAUUUUCAGGCAUCCUCAGGGUCUUUACAUCAGUUUGAGAGAGAAGGGAAAGAUCCUUGAAGUACUAAAGAAUUGGCCGGAGAGGGGCAUUCAAGUUAUUGUUGUGACUGACGGUGAGCGUAUUUUGGGGCUCGGGGAUCUUGGCUGCCAGGGCAUGGGAAUUCCCGUUGGGAAGCUUUCUUUGUAUACAGCACUGGGAGGAGUUCCUCCUUCAGCAUGCUUGCCUAUAACCAUAGAUGUCGGCACAAACAACGAGAAGUUGCUGAAUGAUGAGUUUUACAUAGGGAUUAAGCAAAAGAGAGCAACUGGACAGGAAUAUGCAGAGCUUCUAGAGGAAUUCAUGACUGCUGUUAAGCAGAACUAUGGGGAGAAAGUCCUAGUUCAGUUUGAAGAUUUUGCAAACCACAAUGCAUUUGAACUGCUGUCCAAGUACAGCAAAACUCACCUUGUCUUUAAUGAUGACAUACAGGGAACAGCAUCUGUGGUCUUAGCAGGGCUCAUAUCUUCCUUGAAAUUACUUGGGGGACAAUUAGCUGAUCAUACUUUCUUAUUUCUGGGCGCUGGAGAGGCUGGAACUGGAAUAGCAGAGCUUAUAGCUCUUGAGAUAUCAAAAAAGACCAACGCUCCACUGGAAGAAACCCGCAAGAAAGUUUGGCUUGUGGAUUCUAAGGGACUGAUUGUUAAAUCUCGCAUAGGAUCACUUCAACAUUUUAAGAAGCCUUGGGCUCAUGACCAUGAACCCAUCAAGGAACUUGUAGACGCCGUGAAGGCAAUCAAGCCGACAGUGUUAAUAGGAACAUCUGGUGUGGGAAAGACAUUCACAAGGGAGGUUGUUGAGACCAUGGCAUCCUUAAAUGAGAAACCUCUCAUUCUUGCUCUUUCCAACCCAACAUCACAAUCUGAGUGUACAGCUGAGGAAGCUUACGCAUGGACCAAGGGUCGAGCAAUCUUUGCUAGUGGAAGCCCAUUUGAUCCAGUUGAAUAUGAGAAGAAACUCUUAGUGCCUGGCCAGGCCAACAAUGCCUACAUAUUUCCUGGUUUCGGUUUGGGAUUGAUCAUGGCGGGUGCCAUUCGUGUACAUGACGACAUGCUUUUGGCAGCCUCUGAAGCUUUGGCUGCCCAAGUUACCCAGGAAAACUAUGACAAAGGAUUGAUUUACCCACCAUUUACCAACAUCAGAAAGAUAUCAGCCAACAUUGCUGCUAAAGUCGCUGCCAAGGUUUAUGAACUUGGUCUGGCUUCUAAUCUGCCUCGGCCGAAAGAUCUGGUUAAGUAUGCAGAGAGCUGCAUGUACAGCCCACUCUACAGAAGCUACCGUUGAAUUUCCAAGCUACAUAUACAUCCCCAGUCUACAGAAGCUAUCAAUUUCCAGUGUUUCUGUAGUUGCAAUUUCUCUGAUCAAAAUAAUUGAUUUCAUUGGACUUUGUUAUUUUUUCUUUUAUUUUUCUUCCAAUUUAGUAAGAUUGUACUUUUCGUUUUCUGCCAAAA